UACAAAAAAAAAACUUCUGCUUAUAUGUCCAAAGUUUGUUUCCAAAGUUUAGAUAUUUCCAAUAGGCUGGAAGACUUUGAAGAGCGAGUGCUCCCUUAUUAGUCCUGCAGACGAACAUAGCGCAGAAACUCGGAUACGAUUAUAGAGGAAUGUGCCAGACACGGCAAUGAAAACUCGUUUAAAAUUUUGGUUUUUGAAAUUAUUCAAAUAAUUGAUCCUUUUCUUUGCGCUUCCUCUUCUUCCUCCUGUCAUGUCAAAUAAAAGCUUUGACUGUAAAUGCUUAUCGAUAGAUCUAAACUAAGCCAAACUAUGAUGGGAGGCACCAACACAAUCCAAGCGAUUGUUUCGAUUUCCCCAUUGACAGAAGAACGUAAAGCAUGCGAUUAAUUGGGCUAAGAUUGUGACACCGACCAUACCAUCUUACUGUCGGCUAAAUUCAUUAAGGUCGCAUCCCCUGUAAGCGAGUAGCUCAACAAUUCUUUUUCAGGAAUUUCUGAAAACCUCAGAUCACAACAAUGGAUUUUAAUUCCCGAACGAGUUUAUUAUCCUGUCGAAUUAAGAAAGUCACGCAUCAUAUGGCUUAUCCCUAGACGUGGGAAAUAUGAGUGAAUAAAUCGAAAUAGAUCGAAUCUAAAUUCUAAACACGCUUCUAGCCAAUCCAGCGUUUAAAAAAACAAAUAACUUGUGUUAUCCAUUUAAAUAUCAAUGAAAUAAUUCGCACGCCACUCCAAAUGCAACCGAUCAAUAUUUUGUGUAUUUAGAAUGGCUGCGUAGUGCUCUAUCAGACCGUGUCAUUGAACAGUUCUCUCUUCCUCUCUCUCUCUCUCUCUCUCCAGCGUACUACACAAAUAUUUCACACAAUAGCUCUUUCUUUUCCAAAUAAGUUUUAAGUUAUUUCCACUUAAUCUUAAAACAGCGCUCCACGCGAUAACAACGCAUAAAUAAUAAAUUUUGUAAUAUUAGUUAUAGAAAUCGUUGGAAGAUUUUAAACAUGUUAGAUGUAUCUUUUGAUAUUGUCGAACAAUACGUUCGCUUCCCAAAAAUUGAACGAAGGGAAGUACAAAAAAUUUUGGAAUGGAUACGCGCUCAACCGCAUAUGCCGAAUUUAAGUGAAGGUGAAAUUUUAAUAUUCUACAUUGCCUGUCAAUGCAGUUCAGAAAUGACGAAACAAGUGAUCGACACGAAUUUAACGUGUCACACGCACGUAGAUGAAUUUUUCAAUAACCUUGAUCCCGAAUAUGCUGCAAUGGAACGUGCGAUGCGAGUCGACGCAAUGUUUAUUCUUCCGAAAUUAACGCCAGAAGGCCAUCGCGUCACCAUCGGAAAGCUUAUUGACUUGAACGCUUCAAAUUUUAAUUUUGCGGACGCAAUAAAAUUGUUUGUGUUACUACUCGAUGUUUUUGUACGAGAAGAUGACGUUCGCAACGGCUACAGAAUGGUUUUUGAUACCAGUGGCGUAACUUUGGGACACGUGGCUCGUCUCGGUAUUAUGACAAUGAAAAAACUGAUAUUUUACUUACAGGAAGCUCUACCUGUUCGUCUCAUUGGCUUGCAUUUUAUAAACAUUGUUCCAUUUAUGGAUAAAAUUUUGGCGUUAAUGUAUCCUUUUAUGAAGAAGGAACUUGUAGAUAUGUUAUACGUUCACAGUAACUUGGAUGAAUUCUAUAAAUUCGUUCCGAAAAAUAUUCUUCCCGGAGAAAUUGGCGGCGAAGAACUGGAAUCUGCACAAUUACGUGAAAUUUGUUACGAUAAAGUACGCAGCCGACGUAAAGAAAUUUUAGAAUACGAAAAAUUAUUUCGCAUUAAUGAAAAAAUUCGUCCCGGCAAGCCCAAAAAUUCUGCAGAUCUAUUUGGUAUAGAAGGCAAUUUCAAGAAAUUGGAUAUCGACUAAACCAACAUUUGUAGAGAGCGCCGAAGAUAACAUAUGAAGAAAUAUGCUUAAAUAUUAAACUUAAAAAUGAAUUAAAUUACAAAAUUCGGGAUAUACACGCUAUAUUAUAUCUUAUUAUAGGUAUAAAAUUGAAGCGCUUAACAUACUUAAAAUUAUCUUAAGUUGGCAUGUAAAAGCUUAGCGAAAUUGUUUGUCUUGAAAGAAAAUUCCAAAGAAAUUAUCCAAAAUGAAUAUAAUUGCGAUAUUUCUAUUACUUAUCUAAUCAAGCCACUAAAGUCUUUUAGAAAAUUCCUUCUACAGACACAAUAUCUAUCAUAGUUUCUUUAAAAAAAGGUUACAAUCCCCAUAAUUUGUUAUAUAUAUAAGAAAUUCAUUAAAAAUUUUGA